CAACAACCGCAACAACAGCCACAGCAAGAGCAACAACAUCAAACGGAAGAGUUGCCAGCUCCAGCGCCUGUUUAUGAAAAGGAACCAGUUACCCGAAGCUAUAAUUUAUAUGAAUCUACGUCACAACAAUCCCAAAGUGGUGAACAAAAUGGCUCCAGCGAUAUCGAGCGAAAUUAUUUAACAAAGUACUACAACUAUCCGUACCCACCGCCACAUCUUUAUAGGAACAUCGAAGCGGAGGCCGAGGAAAAGGUGCGUCUGUCGGCAUCCACGGAAAUACCCAAAUCGGAGAUUAUGAAACAGAUUGAGAAAUCGGUCAUUAAGUAUAUGAAAGAAUUGGAGGCAGAGGGUAAAAUUUUAAGUACACCACAGGAGCAAUCGGCUGCAUCAUCGUCCUCAGCAUCAUCAUCAUCACCGCCGCCAUUGACAAAGACAUACUACAAACCGAUCUCAUCGUCGUUAAGCUCUGCGGCUGCCUCAUCAGAGGAGAAACGUUACAGUAGCAGUACAAUAAGGCCCAAGAUUCUGAAUCAGGGACAGCGACAGCAACAACAGCAGCCACACCAGCACCAGCAAUACCAUCACGUCCAGCAUUCCCAGCAACAUACAGUGCAUGCCCCGCAUGCAUCACAUGUCAUCCAUCAACAUCCCGCUGGGUAUCAUCAACAAUUGAGUAAGAAACCCCAGCAGCAACAUCCACCACAUCCGCAGCAAUAUCAAUCGGAAACGGAGACAGCAUAUCAGGCUCCUGAAAUCCCCGUGGAUGAGCUCUCGCCCAAUGUGGAGUUUAUCUAUAAAAUCAAGACACGGGCUCCCCUGCAAACGGCCACUGUGAAAACGGUCUCCAAGCCCUACACCUUGCCCCUGAAGAGUUCCGAGCACUUUGAUCAUGGGGCGGCCCUCAAGAAUAUCGAGGAAUUCGAUCUAUCCCAUGUGGUAACCACACCAGAACGCAUUGAGGACGACCAACGGGUGACAAGUAAACCGCAAAAGCUUUACUUCAAUUCGGAAAUCUAUCACGAUAUCAAUUCAUUGCCCUACAAAGGUGAGAAGCUGCGGCAAGAGCAUCAGCUGCAACAGCACCAUCUGCAACAUCAGGAAUAUCGACACAAGCUAAAAGCAGCCUCUGAUUCGCAUUCAGAUUAUAAAGGUUAUACGGGUUACUUUGCCGAACCGGAACCGGAAUUCGAUAGGGAACGUGAACGGGAACGGGAUCUAGUGAAAUCCAGCAGUGAAUCCUUGCACGAUGAUGGCUAUCCUCUGAUUAAUCCCUAUCAAUACGUUCUGAAAAAGGAACCCAAGUACCAUGAGGAUCUGCAUGGCGAACGUGACUCUCUGUGGGAUCAACCAUUACGUUUGACCAAACACUCUGCACCGGGUGGCAUCUACAAGUCGCCCACCGGCAGCAAUCUAGAGUAUGACAGCUAUAGUCCGAAAUUUAAUAACAAUCCCGAGGGCUAUGGCUAUCAGCAUACGUACAAAUCCCAAGCUUUACGUGCUGUUGGUGGGGGCGGUGGAGGCAGUGGAGGAGGCGGUGGAGUUAGCGGCUCUGGAGGAGCAUCCAUCGGCUCUGCAUCGGCUGGCAAGCGGGGCAAACGCGGUGGUGUUCCACCACCAGUCGGGGCACAGGGAAAGAAGCGAGUUCGCACAGUUACCACAAGUCCAGGCAUUGUUAGUGGUAAACUGGUCAAGGAUAUGGAAGCCAAUUUGGCUCUACGACCGCCACCCAAAAAUUAGUCUCAUUCAUAGAAAUUUUCCUUGUCACUCUUUAUAUGUUUUU